CGACGUGGCCCUUUAGCAAUGGGUUCAGGUUUGUCCCAAGAGGCUGGGAUGCACCAAAAAGCCAAGACAUUUAGAAUUUUCGUCGGUGGCAGCCUUUGUGCGCCUUGUUCUGAGUGCUUUAAUUGUGUGUGUGUGCGUUGUCGUUGCUAGUUGUCGUGAUGAGCGUCAUAUGAUGCGUAUCAUGCGCCUCUGGUGUGAGAGCAUUGGAAUGACGAGAAGCCAGAUGAUGACGGUGAUGCAGAAGUUGGUGGUCGUUAACCUCUGGCCUUGCAUUCGUCAAGUUGGCUGGGCUUGGCACCAGGAUAAGCAUCGCAUCAGCUACCUUACCUACAGGCUACAGGGCAUCCUGGGUAGGAUCAGCUCAACGGAGUUAGGGCCAACGUUUACGACGGCCUUGUCCGCCUACGUUAGUAGCUGGGAAGUGGGCGUUGAGGGUUCUCGAAGGCCAAGUGCCGGCAGCAAACUCGGUCGUGUUCUCUGCUGUCUUGGCUUAAUCUCUCGGGACCGUUUAGUUUUUUAUACCAUGGUGGAUAUCAGAAGCUUGGUUGUGGGAUCAUCGAGUCAGGAAUUGGGGCGAAAGAGUGCUGGCAUUGCAGCAAAAGUAACAAAGGCCCCAGUGCGUGAAUCAUUCCUUUGA